AUGUUGCUCAAGCCUGCGACACCGCUCACCAUCUUGCUCCUGAUCGCUUUUGCGCUUUUGCUACUCUCAUGUCUUUCAACUCCUAUUGUUAAGGGAAUUCCUCUAGCAACUUUCAAAGAUGUCGAUUAUGGUGUCUUUGGAUAUUGCAAGGGUAAUACCUGCACUAACAUCCAUGUGGGAUACACGAGCAAUGACAUAAGUAGCACCGGUGAUGAUUUCAAUCUUCCCUCCGGUACUCGAAAGUCGCUAUCCUCAAUCCUCAUCAUUCACCCAGUCGCCGCCUUCCUGACCCUCAUCUGCCUCUGUCUAGCCAUCGCGGCCCACUUUCAUGCGCCCUCGCACUCGCCACGCUUCCUGUUGGCACUCCUCAUCCUGUUACUGCCAACACUUCUCGUGACUCUCCUCGCAUUCCUCGUCGAUAUCUUGCUCUUUGUGCCACAUUUAGGAUGGGGUGGUUGGAUUGUCCUAGCUGCGACCAUCAUCCUGACCUCUUGUGGGGUAGUUACUUGUGCUAUGCGCAGAACCCUUGUAAGCAGGAAGGCAAGGAAACGCCGGAUUGCUGAAAAUGCUGAGAUGAGCGGGGAAAACUAUUACAACCGACAGAACAUUGCGGCAGCUGCAGUUGCGGCUCCUGUUCCGGCCCCUGUCGAACCCAAGGAAGCCUUCGUGUCCAACUCUCUCACCUCCGACACGGGCCCAACAUUCGCAUCCUUCCACACGGAAAGACAAGACAGUGAUGAUGAUCGAACGCCCCUCAAUUCGCGGACACCCAUGAGCGAGGUGCCAGCACCCCCGGACCAUCGAGGUGGCCCCUAUCGUGGUCCGCAAGAUGAAUUUGGCAAUUUGCCACCGCAGGGCCCGGGCCCGUACGGUGCUGGUCCAAUGUCACGGAACCCCUCUGAUCCACGCAUUCGUCCCCAAUACUCUGAUGGCAGCAUGGGUUCUCGAAGGGGAGGACCCCCACCCGGCUUCAACGGACGGGGGCGGGGUGGAUAUCCUCCCCGGGGUGGACGUGGAGGACCUUACAUGGGACCCCCCCGCGGACCUUCCAAUGGUCCCCGGGGUGGCUACAUGGGUCCAAUGCCAGGGCGCGGAGGUCGGGGUGGAAUGAUGCCACCUCGAGGACCACCAGGCGGCUAUGGACCCGGUCCGGGCGGCCCCAAUCGCGGGUUUGACGCAUAUGGUCGACCUGUGUCACCUCCUAUCGAUGACCCUCACAGUUAUGGCCCACCGGGUCAGAUGCGCCAGCCAUCUCAUGGGCCCAUUGGCAUGGCUGUGUCACCGGAGACGGUAGGCCAAGCCAUUGAGAUGACGCCGCAAGCUCGGUCGCAGUACGAUAUGCAUGAGUCGACCCAACCAAUGAGCAGUGUACCACAUGGGCUGUCAGCCGAAAAUCACAGCCCCAUCCCCGAGAGCCCGACAAGCAUGUACAGCCGGCCUGGUUCCUACGUUCCCGCUCGCUCGGGCUGGGGUGCAAAUGAUCCUCGUACCGUGUCCCCCCGGCCGCCGGGGCAACCCUUGCAAUCGAACAAUACCGGUGCCAAUUACUAUGAAGACGUGGAUCCCCGUUUUGCUCGUAGACCAUCACCUCCCAAUGACUCUGCGAUUCCCUCCUCUCUGACGCCUGGAGGUACUCACUUUUAA